AUGUCUGCAACAUCAGAAUAUGAAUCAGUGGCCCGGCAAGAUUAUGGGCCGGCCGCCUCCAGUGAAAAUAUAUAUGAACGUGUUUUGGAGCACAAAUUAACAGAUAAUAUGAAUGUACCUAGUAUAAGAACUCCUGUUUUAAGGGCUGUGCCUUUAUCACCUUCUGAAGGUGACCCUGAACCUGAUUCUACUAAUCCAGAGAGUAUUAUCCAGUCUAUACACAAAGUGGAUAAAGAAGUAGAAUUUCAUAUUGGUGAUAAGCAUUGCGACACUGAAAUGUCUGUUGAGUCUUUAUCUAGAAUUGUGAGAAUUGAAGAAACCACAAUUGAUGAUGUGGGACGCAUAGCAUACCCCAUAUUGCAAGAAACUGAUGAUUCCGGGGAUGGAAACUUUGUAGAGAAUGCUACUACAUUAAUCCAGGCUCCUAUAAAUACAGCUAUUGUGCAAAAUGUAACUAAACUCCCACAAAACUUUACAAUUAAUGUAGAUGCUGCAGUAGGUAAUAUUACUGCUAUUCAAAAUGUUUCACAAGAUGCCUCAGGCAAUCCAACAUUGUGGUUGCCUACCAUACUUGCAACUAGUGCUGCACCUGACAAUAAAACUGAUGAUGAACAUUCACCAGGAAGUGUAUCUCAAAUAAUAAUCACCAGUGAAAGUUAUGUUAAUGAUACUAAUCAAGCAGGCAGAAGAACUAACAUAAUAACAGAAACCAAUUAUAUAAGUCGUCCCAAGACAUCCAAAGUUCAGAUUCUAAGUAAUAUUUCUCUUCCAAAGAAUACAAAUUACUCUCAGCAAUACAUAUCACAAGGAAAAGAGAUAACAUCGCCUGUAUAUGGAACACAGAAUCAUGUCUAUAAAUUAAGUGCCAAUGUUGUAUCCCAGAAGCACUUGAACAACUCAGUUUUAAACAUAAAGCCUCCAAAAAAUCAAUCUCUUAUAGGAUGCUCAUCCCUUUCACCAACAAUAAUAAAUAAUAGUCCUAUUAAAAAUGUAUCUUAUAGCCAUACAUACACAAAAAACACUAACUUAAACAAGUCAUUGAAUAAGGUUAAUAAUGGUGCUAAUUUAAAUACUAUGGUAGCAGCCUCAUCCGGCAAUACACAGUGCCAUAUUUUAUCUCGUGUUGUAUCUGGGCCCAACAAGAUGUCUGUACAUUCAGGUAGAAAGGCAGGAAAUGCAUUUAAGAGUUUAAAAGGUUCAAGUCAAGGAUCUGGACAGAAAGAUCAGUCUAGAGCAAUUAAAAUUAUACAACAAGCUGGUGCAUCUCACAAAUCUGAAGGGAAGUCAUGGCCUGUUGCAAGCAUCACAUACAAGAGUCAACAACAAAGUUAUGGAGUGAUGGAUUCUAAUGCUUCUAAAAUUAUACAGAAAGUUGGGAGUCCAACACACAAAACUCAGUCAAUGUCAUUACAAAAAGUUUCAAAAGGUGAUCGAUUAGUGCUUCAGUCUCCUUGUGGCCCUGUCUUACUUUCUACAGCACCAUUAAAUAUAAACUUGCCCCAAGGUCCCCAUUAUGUACAGUCUGGAUCAACACCAACUCUGCGAUAUGUACAGACCUAUGCCUCGACAGACAAUCAACUGUCCACGGUGUCUCAAGUCUCUGCCAAUCAGCAACUUACGGAACAAAUACUACAGUCACUUGCUCAACCUAAACUUAUGUUACAGCAAAGCCCAAUUAGAAUGAAUCAUACUGUAUUACCAACAUCAAUUGUAGAAGAGCCUGUUGACAUAAAACCUGUUAAUCAAAAAAGGAUUGUGUUUGGUGACAAAUCUACACUAUUGAUGGCAGAUGACAUAAUUGGAAUGGAGGAGAGACCCAAUUUGACUGAAGAACUUCGUCGUUAUUCUUACCAAUCUUUGGCAUUUAUUAUGUUGGAUCACACAUAUGCCUUGCCAGCACAAAAGCAACCCACUGUUUCUACACCUACUACACCUGUUUCAACAUCUGCACCAACUAUUGUUUCCCCAUCACUGACAACAUCACCAAUGAGCCCAUUAAAGAGAAAUUCUCCCAUUACAAUGUCAACUGCAUCUUAUGAUGUACCAGUUACAGUACCAACUAGUGUAACAGGAGCUACCACACCGGUAGCAUCUAUACCAAUAGGAACUGUUACUUAUAAACCAACCCCAUCUUCAGUGGAUCAAGAUGAUGAUGCUGCCUCAGUAAUAUCUUCUAUGGAUGGGGACAGAAGACCGGCUGUCCCAGGGGACAGCGACACUGAAACGGCUCCUGAAGGUGAAGAGGAAGGGAAGACUAGGUGCAUAUGUGAUUUCACUCAUGAUGAUGGUUAUAUGAUAUGUUGUGAUCGAUGUGGUGAGUGGCAGCAUGUAGAUUGUAUGGGCAUAGACAGGCAAAAUAUACCAGAUGCUUAUAUGUGUGAAGUCUGCCAGCCUCGACCUAUCGAUAGACGUCACGCCCGUGCCAUUCAAUUAAGAAAGAGAGAAGAAUUAAGUGCCCUUGGUGCUUCAGAUUCAGAUUCAUCAGAAAGCAUUCGCAAUCCUGGACAAAGACGUAAAAGAUUACUAACUGUAACAACUUACACCAACACAAGUGGGUCUUGUGUUACCACAUACAAUUCAAACAUCCCAGUUUUACCACCAUUGCCUCAACCAAGUUUAUCGUUACCUAAACGCGGUCCGAAACGGCCUAAAAAGGCUGAAAUGGUAAGGAAAGUUGCUAAAAGGAAACUUGCUGAAAAAAGAGUUAAACGUAAAAAAGACAUAUUUAAUAGAAGCAAAUACAACACUGGCCUUGCAAAUCAAUCACACUGGCAGGAUUCUUAUGAAGCAGCAAUGACUAAUCACUACAGCCCUGAAUUGAGAGCUAAAAUUAUGAAAUACAGCAGCAAGUUAGGAAAUGCCCCAAGCAUGGCUUCUGCCAUAACAGCACAUUUAUGUACAACAGUACCGCAUGCAGGUGGUAAAAUACUUAUUGCAACAAAAGACCUUAAAGAAAAUACUCCUGUAAUAGAAUUACGUGGCAAAUAUAUGUUAUCAAACCAACAUAGGCCGCAAGUACAAAAUUCAUCUAGAGCAGGAAGCCAAAAGCCAGGACCAUUUGUCUUUUUCUACAGGCUCCCUAAGGAUAAUACCCAGAUAUGUAUUGAUACAAGAACAUAUGGAAAUGAAGCAAGGUUUGUAAGACGCUCAUGUAAACCUAAUGCAGAAUUACAGCAUUGCAUUGUGAAGGGUGCUUUACAUGUCUACUUAGUAACAAUUGGAGUUGUCCAGUCAAAUACAGAAAUAACAGUAGGACAUGAUACUAAUGGCAGCAAACAACCUUGUGCUUGUGGCAAUCCAAAACAUUGCAAAGUUAAUGGAUUAAAUCCAGUAGUUACCAGAAAGAGUGUUGAUUACCCUCAAAGAGAAAAGAGAAGUAGAAAUAGAUGCUACAGUUCAUCUUCACCUGUAUCGCCACCUCUUGUACCAAUGCCUACAACACCAAUUAAAGAGAGCCCUCCUCCAAUUAUGCAAAUAAAAACUGAAAAGAAAUCGCCUAUUAAACACGAAUUUCCACCCAUGUCACCAAUCAAAACUACAGUAUUAAAUUUAAGUUUUGAUGACCCAAUUAAAACUGAAACUUUUGACGAUGAAGAUUACAUAAAACAGGAAAUAGAUUUAACGGCUAAAGAAGAAAUGAAGCCAGAAAUCGAUGAACCAGAUUUUGUUAAAUUUGAGCCGAAAAUCGAAGAACAUGAUGAACCGACACUUCCUAAACUGGAACCUGAACCUGAACCUGAACCUGAACCUGAACCUGAACCCGAACCCGAACCCGAAUCUGAACCCGAACCUGAACCUGAACCAGAACUAGAACUAGAACCAGUGGUAGAACCACCUAAAGAAAUCAUAAAAGAAAUUAAAGAAGAAACUCCAUUAAAAAUUGAGAAUGUCAUAUCAGAAACAAUUAAGGAAGAAAUAGUAGAAGAUAAAAAACCAAAGGAAGUACCCAAAGUAGAGGAAGAAAAAUCUGUACCUAACAAAGAAGUAACAGCUAAAUCAGCAUGUCAUGAUAGAUCUGCUCGAUCAAGUAGAACUACUUGCACUAAUCAAGACUCCUUGGAUGAUAAAACAGAUGACUCACAAGACAAAAUACCAAUUGCCACAAGUAGUCAAAAAGACAAGAAGAAAAUGACUCGCGAGGAGCGCAAAAUGGAGGCUAUAAUGAAGGCUUUUGAACGGAUGGAAAAAGCAGAGCAGCGUAAGCAGGAGGUAAAAGAGCGCCAAAAAAGAAGAGAAUCGGAUCCUCAUCCCAACAGUGCUGAAAGAGAAGAUGAAGAAGAAAUACAUGUUAAUUCCAGAAAGAGAAAGAAGCGCAAAGGACGAGCUCGUACAACAUCGCAAUCCAACCGGCGACGGUUGAAUUCGGCAGACAGCGACAUGGUGACUUCAGGAGAUGAGGCACAGCCUCCGUCUUCGCCGAGGGCCCCACCCCCAAUGGAAUUACAGCCUCCUACAACAGAAGAACGACCCCAAGAAGUCGUAAACGAAGAUCUUGGCUUAAGUUCAGCAUGUCUACUAGUAGAAGCAGCUGUUGGUUCAGUUGAAUCUGCUUUCAAGUUACCAAAAACAAAGAAAACUAUGGCUACAGAAUGGAUUGGACGUUCCCCAGAGCGCACACCAUCACCAUACAACUCACCAUACAGACCACCUUUGGUCUCCGCACCAUCGUUAGAAAGUCUAGUUAGAGUUGCAUCAACUAUAAUUGGAGAUCUUAGUGGAGGACAGGAUAUAGAACAUGAAGAGGAAACUGCUGCAACUUCACCUCCCAGAACCCCAGGGCGAGAAAGAAACAGGCCACCAAAAAAAGCUAAGCGAAUUACUCGCAGCACUCCUACUGAAGUAGCAGAAGUAAUUCCAGCAGUAUUACCAUUGCCUCAGCAUAGUGCUAAGAAGCGUUGGUUGAGACAAGCUAUAAGUGAGGAAAGCGACUCCCCUGUUACCGAUGUUUUUGUUGCAGAAUCACCUCCAAAUGAAAUGGUGACGCCUUUAAAGAAAAGAAGGGUAGCAAGAGAAUCAUUAAGUUGUGACCAAAACCCCAUAACACCUUGCAUGGAUGAUACAUCGCCAAUCCUGACGUCUGAGGAUUCUCCAAUCAAAGACGAUCCGCAAUCAAUAACACGACAUUACAAGAGAAAUAUCAUGGACAGUAUGUAUAGCAGAGACAGAACCAGGUCAGAUAGUGGACAAGGUUCGGAUGACCAGUGUAAUAAUGACCAUGAUAUUUUAAAUGUCAACCUUAAAGUUCCGCAUGAUAGUGAAAAUAUAAGGAGGAUUAUCGGCGUCCCAACACCGGAAGAAGAAUAUCCACCAGAAAUAACAAAAACUGAAGAUAUUAAUACUAAUAAUAAUAAUUUAGAAAUGGAAGAUAAUAAAGUUGUACCGAUGGAGAUAGAUACAACAAUAAUUACUCAAGCAAAGAUUCAGGAAUCUAAUGAAAAUAACAACUGUGAACUAAAGGGCAUAGAGAGCCCUAAUGAUAAAGUUAACAGCUCUCAAUCGGCCGAUACUAGUGGUAAUUCGUCGCCGCAACGAGAUGAAAUGGAUGAUAUUCAAAAGAAAAUUCAUUCUUUCCACACUGAGAAUAUUCUUAUACUGAAAAGCAGAAAUAAGAAGCCACCAAAAGAGAAGCGGAAGAAAGUAAAUCUCAAUUUUGAUCUCAACAUGGUAGAUGAUCAAAUCAGUAUUCAGUUACGUACAGAAAAUGAUACAAACUCAAAAUCUUCUGAAAUCAAUGGAGAUGUUCAUGAAGAAUUCAGCAAUUCCAUUCAAGAUGAUGCAAAAAUUCAUGUUUCUCCAGAGGAUAUACCAUUGCCUCCUGUGGAGACAAUACCUCUUCCCACAUCAGAAAAUAUUCUUCUACCGGCUCCUGAAAACAUACCUCUUCCUCAAGAACCAAAUCCGAUGCCUAUUAUACCCUCACCAGAAAGAAUACCAUUACCUGAAGAGCCUAUGAAGCCUAUAAAGCCUAUAAAGCUUGUUAGUGGUGCAUCACCUCUUUCCUCAUCUGAGGAGGACAAAUCUGAAGAGAAGGAGGUUAUUUCGACAGAUAGACCAUCUGUACUAGAUUCUACGCUCCCAUUUUCAUCACGUUUUAGUUCAACAGGACUCUUCUCGGGUAUAUUCAGCAAUAUGUCACAUUCAUUCAAGUUGGAUAGCCCAAUUAAUGAGAACAUACCAAAUAUGUCCAUAAUAAAGAGUGCAAUAGAUAGGACUACAAGUUUAGACAAUAGUUUGUUUGAUAAAGACAGUGUAACUCCAGUGGAUGAGUUGAAAAGUGUACAAGAGAUAUUGACUCGUGUGAAUAACAUGGACUCGAACAAUAGUGUUUUAUUGUCAGGUGUGCUCAAGAACUCAAACAAGAGCCUGUUGCCAUCUCCAUCGCAGUCGCCUAAGCCUGCUAGCAAACCGUACUGCCCUCGUAGCAAUGAUCCCCGAUUAAACCCUCCUCCAGUUGAGAAACCCAAACCAGUUAGAAGAAAGCUCUCUAUAACGGAAUACCGCAAACGGCACAAGUGCGCCGCUAGCGACUCCGGCUCGCCCGCUUCUGGGGAAACUCAGGAAGGGGGCGAAGCGUGCUCGGGGGGCAGAGGGACGUGCACGGGGGGUGAAACUGGGACGUGUCCUGGGGGCGAAGUGGGAGCGGAGUGGUCCUCGGAGUCUUCGGGCGGGGCGUCGCUGUCGCCGCAAAGGCUAGAAGCCGCCGCCGCAGCCGCCGUCGACGAACUCGAGCAGCGAUUGCAUAGGGACCUCACCGCUUCGCACACACCCAAAGGUGUGUUCGACGCGCAGCCGACGGCGUCGGAGCGUCAACGGGAGAACCUAAGUUCGAGACUGCGGCGCGAAUUCGGGCUCGCGCUCCCCGACGACGACGAUGCGCGCUCGCCCCACUGUGAUGGCGCAGUUGUUCCAAAGCGGUGCGACAGGUAG